AGAGUCGAACGAUGGAGAGAGGAAUUGUAGGAAGCGACGUUCGUGCUCCCAGCAAGGAAAUCGACAGGUUGAAACAGAUUUGCAGAUCUCCCAGACAACACAAUGACCAAAUGGAGUCGUAAAGGAAGUAGCGUUCGUGCUCCCAACAAUGAAAAAAGAUCAGUGUUCCUUCUUAUAGGACGGCAUGAAGUUCUUUACUUUCUUGACGUACUGAAUUUCUAGACGGCGUAUGCUUCCUUGCUGUUGUUUGUUUACUUCCCGUUGAAAUAGUAUUAUUCUUUACCUCCGUGUAGCCCUUUAUGAGUUCAAUGAUAUGCAUUAGGGUUUUUAAGUUUGGGAAACAGUGAUUAGGGUUUAUUGGUUAACUUAUGUUUAAUUUAAUUAGAAUGCUUUUGUAUGUUUCAGUGAUUAGGUGAUUCAUUGUAUGUUUCAGUGAUUAGGGGGUUUAAUUUUUCUUUUUUUUUUUUGUUAACAGUUGCCCUGUUGAGGUAUGGGUUGGUGGGAAAUUAACUCCUGGUCCACUGCAUACAUAUGUAGGUGGUACAUUUUUAUUGGGGGGUGGAAGAAUAUUACUGAAAUGUACUAUCAAGAUAUUGUAGUGAAGUGUAAGGAGGAAGGUUAUGGGGAAUUGUGUUAGAACAGGAGGUGCUAUGGCACACACCAAGAGGGGGGGUGAAUUGGUUAUAUUAAAAAUUGAAGUAGAGAAACAGAGAUAUCAUCCGUGUAAAAACAAUCUUGUUUUGUGAAAAGUAAAUAUGAAAUCUUAUGAAUGAAUGAAUGAAUUAAGUAGGGAUAAAAAUGCUAACAUGAACAAAUAAAAACAGGAAGCACAGAAGACAAAAGAUUUAUAGUGGUUCGGCUUUCCAAGCCUAAUCCACUACCUUAGCUACCCACUAAGGAUUUUGAAACAAAUUCACUAUCAACCCCCUACUCAACCCGAGUAGGUCCUCUAGUCCGUGACUAGGAAAAACUUACAAACCUCCCAAUAUAAUGGGCCCUCUAGCUUACGCUAGGACAAUUACAGUAAUCGUGAAGAUGAGAGUCUAAGAGUACAAACUCUUAGUUACAAGCUCUCUACAACUGAUAAAUUUAGGCUUACAAUGAAUGUAACAGUGUAUACAAAGCCUCAGAAAUGUAAAUAUAGAGAGAGAAGAUAUUAAUCGCUCGAUGUAAAAUGAAAGCUCGAUGGUUGAAGAUAUUAAAUGUUUUCCAACAACCUUCAAUCGAUUCUCCCAACCCAUAUUUAUAGUUGAUGGUAGAUAGAUCCAAGAAUCCGACCGUUGUGGUGGUUGGGCGAGCAUUAAAUGCGCCAAAAACUAGCCGUUGAAAUUUUCUGUGAAACACAUAGUCGACAGAUCAAAUAGAUUAGUCGACUAUUUUAUCAAAUAAAACUAGCCAUAGUCGACAAAAAGAAGAGCAUAGUCGACUAUUGCAAAAAUGUGAAGAAAAUUUUGAAUUUACAGAACAAAAAUAGUCGACAGAUGAAAUAGCAUAGUUGACUAUCCUUUCACAAUAGUCGACAGACACAAAAAUAGUCGACAGAUGCAAGAUAUAGUCGACAGAUUGAAGAAGCAUAGUCGACUAUCCUUAUGCAUAGUCGACAGAUUGAAGCACACAGUCGACAGAUGAAGAAGAUUUUCAACAGAAUGAAUUUUGAAAACAUUACAACAUAUUUACCUUCCAUUUACUUUAAUACAUAAAUGUAAAUAAGAAAGUACCCCCCAUUUGGAUUCAAUAAAAAUAUCUAAAAAAUCAAAAUCCAUAAGAAUAAAAAAGUAGAAUUUGGAUUUUAGUAGGAACUUAGGAUUUUGCGAUUUUAUCACCUCCAAGAUAUACACUUUUCAUCUCUUGAAAAAUUCGUUAAAAAUCAUUUUAUCACUAAUGAAUGUUAGUUAUUGAAUUACCGGGAGUUAGUUUUCUAAAAAGAAACCAUUUUCAUAUAUGUCUCCUUAUAAGGUGCUAGGCUUCCAGACUUAGAAAAAUAUUGAAGCGAUAUCAAAACGAGUUUCAAGACAUGAUGCAUGAACUAAAGGAUUUUUCAUACGAUUAAGUUUCAAACCAAAACUUUUCAUGCAUGUUUCAAAAUAUGAAAGCUUAUUCUAAAGAAUGAGAUUUACAUAAAUGAUUUUUCAUACUUAAGAUUGAAUUUUCAUCAAACACAUUUGUGUUCAAGUUGGUCUUUUGCCUUAGAACAAUUUUAGCUCUAUGUUGACCAACGACUUCAAAGCUAAUUUGAAAAUCAUUUAGGAGAUUCUUUUAAGACUAAAAACUUGACUUUGCAAAUCUCUAACUAAAAUAGAAAAUCAUAAAUCUUUUUGGUUUUCAUUUUAACAAUGCACUUGAAAUUGAUUUUUGUUGAAAACCACCACCUUGAUUCAUGACUUAGGGAUUUUAAUAACAUAUGUUUUUCAUCAUCAAAACUAAGCACAAGGGUAGAACAUCAAUCUCCCCCUUUUUGAGGAUGACAAAACUUAAAAUCAAUUUCACAAAUCUCUCCCCCUUUUUGUCAUAAAUCAAAAAGGCAAUACUUAAAAAAAAAAUAAUAGAAACCUCCUUAAACCAAAAGAUAAUAUCUCUCCCCCUUUUUUUAACUUUCCCCCAACGAUAGUUUGAAAAACUUCAUUUUGAAAUAAAAAUAUUUCAAACGAUUUCACAAAUCUUAAAAUAGAUAAUCUCUCCCUUAAACCAAAAUCUUUUCAAUAGAAAUGAAUUGGAGAGAAACAUAACUAAGUAAAGAUAGUUGUAAAAAAAAAGAGAUAGCUCCCCCUUAAGAUGACAUUAUUAAUAUCAACAUUUGAGCACAUUCCAUAUACAUAAACCUUUCUCAUGAGAUGCCAAAACAAAAUUUUCAUACCAUAUUGCAAACUCAUGAUCAUAUCAGAGCCAAUCUAUACAUUUUCAAGUAAUCACUCAUAUUUAAACAAUCAAAGCGCUAGAUCAAAUGCAUAGCGAUUCAUCAUAAAAGAGGCAUAUACAUCAAAUGAUCAAUAUAAGAGUGAAAUAUAUCAUUUCAAGCAAAUAGAGUGACUCUUUUUGAAAAAGACUCCCCUUUAAACUUAUACGAGAGGUUUUAAGAUAGAGAGACAUUUUUCAUAUAAAAAUAGGAUAGCAAUUUGUCUCAAUUCAAAUGAUUGUCGCAAGAGUAAAAUAUGACAAUGAUCAUAAAUUUGAUGAAUGAACCACAUGCAUUCAUAUAUAUAUGUUCAAAGAAUAAGUGGUCAUCCAAAAACAUAAAUUUAAACAAGUUAUGGCAGAUUUAAUGCAAGACAUAUUAAGGAUAGGCUUUAAGAACAUGCAUUUGUCUUUUGAUAAUCAAAACUUAGUCCAUAUUGAUGAUGAAGUUUUUAGGAUGUGGCAAGAAGGAAUAGAGUUUAGUUUCCUUAAGAUUUACAUUGAAUGUAAAUCAGGUGAGUCCAGUGGGAAGGAGAUGGGCGAGGAUGGAGGAUACGAUGUUGAUGUACAUAAGGAUCAACAGGAUUCUGAGGUUGGUGUUCAUUAUGAAGCACCAAUUGAAGUAGCUAUAAAGGAUGCACAUAAUGCACCAGACACCAGUGAGGAGGCCAUUGAAGAGGAUGAGGAUUUUGAUAUAAAUACAAUUGGUGGUGAUGACAGCUGGGUCGAGGAAUGUGAGACCGAUGAUGAGGAGUUUUUUCUUACACAGAAUAACAAGAGAGUCUUUAAAUCAACCAUUGUUGACAAUGGUGAAGGGCUAGGUGUAGAUUCUGACUUGAAAGAGGAUGAAGGACACCUUAGUGAAUACAUGGAGUCUGAUGAGGAAGGCUUUGACACUCCAUGCAGCAGUGCCGAAAGUGAUUUGUUAGGCGCACAAAAAAAGAAAAAAAAGCCUUUGGUUUAUAACCCACGCUGUGACCACACUACAAUUAAUUUCAAAAUUGGCAUGCUUUUUGAGAAUGCCAAAUAGUUUAAGGAAUGUGUCUAGCAAUAUGGAAUUUGCAGUGGGUUCAAUAUUAGCUGGAAGAGGUCGUGUCAAGAACGUGUCGAAGGGGUGUGCACAAGUGGCUGUCCAUGGAGCAUCUAUGCUGCUAAGAAGCAAGGAGAGAGGACAUUUGUGGUGAGAAGAUAUAAUGCUGAACAUCAUUGUUUUAGAAGUCUAACAAAUAAGCAGGCCAAUUCGAACUGGUUAGCUAGAGAAUUCCUCCAAACAUUCAGAAGAAAUCCUUCUUAUGGUGUAGAAGACAUGGCCCUUGACAUGAAGGACAAAUAUGCACUAACUAUGUCGAAGUAGGUAUGCUAUAGGGCAAGGACGAAGGCACUCAAAAUGCUUAGGGGUAGUUUGGAUUCUCAUUACGCAAAACUCCAUGGAUACAAGGUUGAACUGAAAAGGGUUGACCCUGAAGGCAACUUCGAAUUUGAGACAGACAGUUUUGGACCUAAUGGGCAGCCUAUGUUCAGAAGAAUGUAUGUAGGAUUUUUAGGCCUUAGGAAGGGCUAUAUUGCAGCUUGUAGGCCGUGUAUUUGUCUUGAUGGAUGCUUUUUGAAUACCCUAAUAGGAGGGGCCUUACUGAGUGUAAUCAGGAGGGAUGCGAAUAAUCAGAUGUUUCCUAUUGCUUGGGCUGUUGUUGAGGGGGAAAAUGAGAACAGUUGGACAUGGUUUUUAGAGCAUUUUUUUUGGGGGAAAUUAAUAUUGUUGAUGGACUUGGCCUAACACUUAUUAGUGAUCAACAGAAGGGUCUUGCCAAGGCAAUAAAGGAUCUUGUACCUCACACAGAGCACAGGAAUUGUGCAAGGCAUAUUUAUGCCAAUUGGAAAAAGUUACACAAGGGGCAGGAAUUGAAGUCAUUGUUUUAGAGGUCAGUUAAUACAACCCAUGAGGCAGGUUUUUCUAGCUGCAUGGAAGAAUUGCAAGCGUUGGAUGCCAUUACACAUGAAGAUUUCAUGAAGCAGAACCCAAAAAGUUUUUGCAAGGCAUUCAUUAGUACUUGGCCCAAGUGUGAUGUUAUAACCUCCAAUCUAUCUGAAACCUUCAAUGGUUAUAUAUGCAAGGCAAGAUGCUUGCCAAUAAUAGACAUGUUAGAAUGGAUUCGAGCAUCUUUAAUGGAAAGAAUGUAUGAUAAAUCAGAGAUGAUGAAUACAUGUUCGGAUGAAAUUUGUCCAAGGAUCAGGGAUACAUUGGAAAGGGCACAACUGGGGACAAGGCAUUGCAUUAUGAGACCUGCUAUGGGACAUAAGUUCCAAGUUAGCAUUGCAGACCAAGGAUAUGUGGUCAAUCUAGAUGAACACAAAUGCUCUUGUAGACAGUGGGACUUAAGUGGCCUCCUAUGCUCCCAUGCUUUGGCCUGUAUACACUUUAUGAAGCAUGAUCCUGUUGACUAUGUAGAUUGGUAUUAUAGAAAAUCAGAAUUCUUUAAGGCAUAACAAUAUGCAUUGGAGCCAUUGAAUGGGUUUUCAAUGUGGCCAAGGAUAGAUGUUGAUCCUAUACUACCCCCCCCCCCCAUAUAAGAAAAUGCUUGGUAGACCUAAAAAGAAUCGAAAGAGAGAUGUUCAAGACACUGAAGAAAGGCAAGAUGUGGUCGGUCGGCAUGGCAUGCAGAUGACAUGCCAACACUGCUUGGAAACUGGCCACAAUAAGAGGGGUUGCCCAAAUAAGGACAAGGCGGCAGCACCAAGACCUCCCAAGGCCAAGAGAGGCAGACCCCAUGCCACAUCCACUGCAUCAGCAACAGCCCCAACAACUGGCAGAUCACGUUCCUCGGCAAGAUCAAGAACAACUGCCUCAACAACAGCCACAACAAGCGCACCAGCAAUAGCCACAACAAGCGCCCCAUCAACAGCCACAGCUAGUGCCUCAGCAACAGCCACAACAAGUGCCUUAGCAAUAGCCGCAACAAGUUCCCUAGCUACAACCUCAGCAAGUGCCUCAGCAAGUACUGCCUCUAAUGUCACUGCAAGUGCCUCAGCAAGUAUUGCCUCUAAUGUCACAGCAACCGCCCUAGCAAUGGCCUCAUCAAGGCAAACAAGGCAAACAACAAGAGAUCAAAGGAAGGCAAAUCAAGGCUACAGAUUGAUGUUCUCAUUAGAAUCAGGCAAUUUUUUAUGCAAGGAUGCUAGGGGAAAAAUGAGCUAGAUAUGUAAGUGGAUCUGCAUCAACAUCUGCAGCGGCAAGGAAUCUGCUGAACUCCCAAUGGCAAGAAGUUCAAGCAACUAGUGGAUCACAACCCAUGGCGUCUCAAGAACAAGCUCAGUCAUUUACACCACCACCAACAGGGCAAUCCCAUCAGACAUCCACUGCAUCAGAAGUUGCUGCAUCUAGAAGGCCAAGGCCAAGAAGACAACAACAAGAUCCGCGGUGAGUGAUUUAAAUUUGGACUCUGGUAAUUAUGUCAUUUAGGUUGUGUAAUUUCAGACAGUUGUGUAAUUAUGUCAUUUGAGAUUUGGAUGUGUCGGAGAUUUGGAAGAUUUGUGUAAUUGGGACGAAUUUAAAUUUGGAGGAUUUUUGUAAAUUUGAAACAGUAUUGUGUUAUUGUCAAUUCAUUAAAAUGGGAACAAUAUAUUGUAUA